AUAAGCGCAAGAACUUGUUCACCCGUCGUCCACCACACUCGACGUUCCUCCCCGAUGGACCUCAUCAGCGAGCUCCCUGACGAGCUCCUCAGCAGAAUCAUCUCCCUCCUCCCCCUGAAGGACAUGCUCCGCUCCUCCCUCCUUUCCCGCCGCUGGCGCCACGUCUGGACCACCGCCCGCGCCUUCGACUUCGGCGGAGCCGCCGUCUUGAAUACGGACGUCUUCAUCUCCAGAAUCGACCGCUGCCUGGAGCAUCUCUCCGCCUCCCCCUACUGCAUGACGAUCCCCUAUAUCUUCUUCCCCGGCAUCCAAGACUCCGAAGCCGCCGACCGCUGGAUCCGCUUCGCCGCUGCCCACAACGUCGCCCGCCUUGAAUUCGGUUUCGGGGUCGGCGACCGCACCCCCCUCCCCCUCUCCCUCUUCGAAUUAUGCCGCGGGCUCACCUCCCUCGACAUCUCCGACGACGCCGAUCCCCUCCCCGCCUCAGCCUUCCGCUCCUGCCCCCUCCUCUCCACCCUCAGCCUCGCCGACUGCACCGUCUCCCACGAACCCCCUUCCGCCGGCCCUCCCGCCUUCCCCUCCCUCCGCGCCCUCAAACUCGACAAUGUCGGCGUCGCCGAUUCCAUGUCGCUGCUCAACUCAUGCCCCGUCAUAGCGGAGCUCACCAUCAAGGACCCUCCGGAAGUUUUCACUUUCCUCGGCCCCCGCCACACCAUCUCCACCCUCCGGAUCUUCUGUCGGAGCGUCCUCCAUCUCUCCCUUCCCUUCCCCUCUGUCCGCACGCUCGUCCUCUUCGAUGUCCAAGUCGCCAGCCCUCCGGCACUCCUCCAGUCAUUACAGGGGCUCGAGUUCCUGUCCCUUGAAAGAGUCGAGAUCGAGCCCGGAGCAGACUCGGGAAUCCAGGUUUGGGCGCCGAGGAUGAGGCGCCUCAUGGUGCAGGAUUCCGAGAAGCUCGGUACCGUCGUCGUCGCCAACACUCCCCGGCUCUGCCGCCUCUUCUACUGGGGCGACUUCCGCUAUCUAAGAGUGUUCGAACGCGCAGCCCCAAAGCUGGAGGAGGCCUUUCUGCAUUCCACGGUCGACGAUCCUUUCGGCGGAAAUUACCACCUGUGGAAGAACUUGAUGCAGCCGCUCUCCCACGUUAGGCUUUUGUCUGUCAACUGGUGGUUCAUUUGUGAGAGAAGCUGCAAAUUCAUGUACCUUGCUGCACUUUUGCUGUUUGUAGAUUGUAAUAUUAUAAUUUCUCCUGCUAAGCCUUCUUGA